AUGCUAGUUUACACGCAUACGUUCAAGUUUCGUGAGCCCUACCAGGUUCUUCUCGAUAAUCUCAUCACAGAACAAUCACACUCGUCGUCUUUUGAACUUCUUAGGAUGUUGAAAAGGACCAUUCAGGCUACAGAAAUUAAACCAAUGAUCACACAAUGUUGUAUGGAAGCACUUUAUACGACAAAAAAUGAGCCACUAAUUCAAUUUGCAAAGAACGAAUUUGAACGAAGAAAAUGCAACCAUCGUACACCUGUGCCACCGGGAGAGUGUAUCCAUAGUGUUGUUGACAUCCAAGGCUUGAAUAAACACAGAUAUGUUGUAGCGACACAGGAUGUGGAAUUGAGAAAGAAAUUGAGAAAAGUACCUGGUGUACCUUUGAUCUAUAUGAAUCGAUCGGUUAUGGUCAUGGAACCUUUGAGCGAUGCGAGCCGCGAGUAUAGUCAGAAAUGGGAAAGCGGAAAGUUGAGUGGUGGAUUAAACGAUAGUGAGGCAGGCAAGAUCAAGAAGCGAGAUGAUGUUGAAAAAAAUAACAAUGACGAAGAAGGAGAAGGUGCAAACGAUGAACCUGCACCAAAGAAGAAGAAACUAGGACCCAAGGGGCCAAAUCCAUUAAGUGUGAAGAAAAAGAAAAAGACAAAUUCCAACGAGCUGGCAAAACAAGACGAGAAGGAGAAAAAACCAACUAGAAGAAGAAAGCACAGGAAAGCUAAUGCCAUUAGUGGUGAAGGUGAAGUCAACAACGAUGAUGGAAAAAGAGAAGUCAGCGAUGAUGGAGAAAGAGAAGUCAGCGAUGAUGGAGAAAGAGAAGUCAACAAUGAAAGCAAGGAUGUUAUUGAUAGUACUCCAAACUGA